AUGAGCAAACCCGUUGACACUGUUUCGUUUAGCAACAGGGAAAUGUCAUUCUACAGUUGUGGUAGUGACUCUGUUCCAAGGCAGAGAUCUGGUAAUCGUGACAGUGGAGUAAGAGAAUGUGACCUUAAUAGUCUUCGAGAACUCGUGACACUCUUGGCUCACGAUGAGGUUUCUCUUACUAGUAUUAUAAAUGGCUUACCAGAGGAAUAUCACGAUGCUUUAGCUGAUCACUUAUCAGAUCUUCUCCACAUUGCAUCUGAGGUUGCUCCUGUACAGACUUCUAGAAUUCUAUCAACUUUACUACAGAUGGAACUUGAUCGGGCCACUCAAAGACGAAAUGAUAUUCAUACUUUCAUGAGAGGAAAUGGAGUGGUUCCAAAGGUGUUUGAAGGCCUUUUGGCUAAAGUGACAAGUGCACAUGGUGGUCUUGAAGAGCAGUUGGUAAAUUGCUGUAUAGAUUUAUGUGAUGAAAGUCUUUUAUCAAGUAUUACUAGACACCCUGAAGAACAUUUCACAACUUCUAUGGAUAGUGUCACAACUACAUCUUCUAUUCUUCUUGAAGGUCUUGAUUACUUUAAUAGUGAGGCUGCACAGAUAUUGGAUGGGAUUGAUGAUAAUUGUUAUGAUAAAAGUGCUUAUGCAACAAGUAUUACAGUUAUGUCACUUCGUAUUCUUGAUGUUGUACAUAAUUCUUUGCGUGAAUGGCCUUGGAGUUUGCGUGAAAGUUUACGAGAUUUGUUAGAGACCAUUGAGUUUCGUUUAGAUAAAAAAUCAGAUUCUCUCUUAGAAGUAACAGAUAAUGAAGAGUCCAAAUUAACUUCUCUAGGACAGAAUGUAAUGGCAACAAUUGUUGUACUUAGAGCGGUGAUUCCGGCAUUACUUGGAACUGUUCCCCGUUUACUUCCAGGUGGGAGUUGCUUUGAUAGAGAGUACAUUUUACUUCAAAAACGUUUCACAAUGCUGGCAAAAGUAAUACAAAAAGCAGCACAUGGUUUGUUAUUUAAUGGUCCACAUGAAAAGGGAAUGAUUGCUUUUAACAAUGAACUUCCCACUCUUACACAACAUUGUUUAAAUAUUUUUUUAUGUAUUUCUAGAAUUACAGAGCCUCCUGUUCCAUCUCAAGAUAAAUCUAUUCUUGAAAGUGCGACGGAAGUAACACUAAAAUUCCAAAGAUUUCUUGAUAAUCAUUUGGUUUACUUAAUGCAUGCAUCGAUGAAGUAUAAUCCUAUGAUGGAACCCGUUUAUUGGACUCGAAUAAUGCGUCUCACCGCAUACGGAGAAAAUCGUCUUGCUUGUAUAGAUCGUUUUAUCCCACCAGUACUAUCUGCUGAGGUGGUGUGUCCUCCUAAUGUUGAAGAGUCUUCUACCGCGUUGCGAAGAUCACGACGUGUACUUGGUUUGCUUUCGCGUUUAGGUAAUAUUCGAUUACCAUAUGAAAUGCAUACAAUAACUACUGGUGGUGGAAGUAUUAUUAGUACUAAUAGUAAUAAUAAUAAUAAUACUAAUAAUAAUACUAAUCGUAGUGUUAUGGAUUUACAACAUGAGGAUAUAUUUAAUGAGUUGAUUUCAUAUGCCCUUAAGGUAACUGUUAAUCCAAACAUCACUGGAUUACACGUCUGUUUCUGUAGUAUUAUUGGAUUAGCGGCUGAUAACACUGUCGCGAUUGUUGUUUAUUGGGAUUUGUUACGUAUCUAUCUUGAAAAUUACUACAGAAAUGAAGAGACAAAACUACUACAAACACAAUGUCCACAAUUUUACCAAUACCGAAAGCAUUCUGGUCACCGCGAUGGUGACUCACUUGCGUUUCUUUUCCUUCUUGUAGAUGUGGCUAUAAGAACAAAAAAAUGUAAAGGAUUUCGUCUCAUUCUUCUUGCUGGAAGGUCAAAAACUUGUUUCUCAUGGAUACGAGAUGCUCUUUCUUUGCUACCAUCAACACAUGCCACAGGAUGUGUACAAGUAUUAUUAUUUGGAACUGGUGAUGUUCACGUUUCACGUAACGAGUGGGGUGUUGGUUCUUUUGAUGUGAUGGUUAUUAAUCGAGCGAGGGAACUGUUAACAGUAUUGGAAGAAUUACAUCUUUGUCUUCCUCUUGGUCCUGCAGAUUACCGAAUGUUGUUAGAGGAAAAAAAAGAACAAGAAGAACAAGAACAACAUGAAGAAGAAGAAGAAGAAAAGAAUGAAGAUGACAAGAAGCAAAACAAAAACAGGGUAUUUAAGAAUAAUACUGAGAAACUGUUUCCAUCUCUUUCUGGGGAAAUAAUUCAUAGAGCAUUAAAAAAUGAGUUAUCAGCGUGUGGUACACUUCCAUUACUUUUAUUCGAAACUAUAGAGAGACAAGAUGUACGUCUUUGGCCUUUAGCAUUAAUGCGUGAUGUGUUUGGGCUUAUUUGUACAGCCAUCCUUCCUCUCACUGUCUUUACUACGGUUAUCAGGGAAGAUGUACAGCCAUUGCGAAUGCAGGGGGUUCCUGCAAGUGUUACGGGUAAUUUCCGCAUGCGUGCAGUGGAGUUUUUCUAUAAAUUUGAUGGUGAUCUUUUGCUACACUUAGAGAUUGUGCCCAAGUGGUUACGUGAGGCGAUAUCUCAUAGUCGUAAGAAUCAUCGCCCUUCUUGGCGACGACCACUUCAAGUUGAAAGUCGUUUUCGCAUCUCUUGGUUCUCCGUAUCUCAUGAACAUGAUGGGGAUGUAGAGGCUAAUGAAAGUAAUUUAUUGCAUGUUCUCUUUUUGAUAUCACGACGUUAUUACACCCUGCGUGAAUUUCAUAUACGUGAUGGGUCUUCCAUAUUAGAAACAGGUUGGCCAAACAUUAUUCUAAGUUUGCGUCAUUGUACACUUGAAUCACUCUGGAGACUCUUGUUGUAUAAUUUGUGGAGUACUUUUGCGUGGGUACGACAGAUAUUACCAUUACAGUGUCCUAUUAUGUGUAUGGUAACAGCGAUACGAUCAUACUUGAAGGAGUCUUUUCAAACUUCUUCUUCUUCAUCUCAUGGUAAUGAUGAUGAUCUUAAGGAUAAUAAAAUAUUACUACAUGUUGCUGCUGACGCUCUCGCGUCUACUACUAUUACCGGAGUUCAUCUUGUUCAAUUUCUUGUGGAUAUUUGUAGUUUUGUACGUUUAAUUGACUUUGAGGGACUUAGCUCUGUAAACAGUGAAGAAGGUGGUUCGUCUGUUCAGAGAGAGGAUGCUAUGGUAGAAAGUGUCCUUCGCAUUAUAUUUCGUAACGAAAAAAUUGGUGAUGCUGAAAUGAUUGUUGCACGUUUAAUUGCAUCACAAGGUAUACCACUCUUAAAUGCAGUACAAUGUCUUCCGUUAAGAAACAAAAGAGAAUAA